AUGGAUCCUCCAAAUCUCCUCCUCUUGCUUCUUCUCACCUUUGCUUCCACCAUUAACGCCCAAUAUUUCCCAGAGCCCUUUUGUGGUUCGACCAACUUCACGGCCGACAGCGCCUACCAAACCACCCUCACCAACCUCCUCUCCUCCAUCUCUACCACAGACUCCUUGUCCCUCACCUACGGCUUCUUCAAUGCCUCCUCCACCGUCUUCGGCACCUCGCAAACCCUCUACGUCAUCGGCUCCUGCCGUGGCGACCUCACUGCCAAGAAGUGCCGCACCUGCCUCGAAGCCUUGGCCUCAGACAUACGCCGCCUCUGUCCCCUCCAGAAGGAGGCAUUCCUCUACAGCGAGAACUGCAUCGUCCGUUACUCUGACGCCUCGAUCUUCAGCACAGUUGAGACCGAACCCAACUACAUUAUGUACAACCAUAACGCCGUCUCAGUCGAGGUCACGUACAAGCUGGGGACACAGAUGGAGGGUCUGCGGGGCGAGGCAGCCGGCGGUGGCUCACUGAGGAAGUUUGCUACAAGGAACGUGUCUGUAGGGUCUGACAUGGUUUACGCGAUGGUGCAGUGCACACCAGAUUUGACGAAGGAGCAAUGCAUCGACUGCCAAGAGAAAAUCGUCGGGAAAAUGGAGGACUGUUGUCUCGAGAAGGCGGGAAUGACGGCCCUGGCGCCAAGUUGCCAGUUCCGUUACGAGAACUAUCAGUUCCUUGACCCAGUUGCCGAGCCACUUUUGCCUCCACCGCCGCCGCCUCCGCCACCUCUCAGCCUCCGCCACCACUGCCGCCACCGCCUCCAGGUGGAUUAA